AUGUCUAUGGGGAAAAAGAAAUUCAAUAUGGACCCAAAGAAGGGUAUUGAAUAUUUAAUCAAGCAUGACUUAUUACAAAAUACUCCUGAGGAUGUGGCCCGCUUUCUUUUCCAAGGAGAUGGACUCGAUAAAACAGCCAUUGGGGAUUAUCUUGGUGAACGAAAUGACUUCAACAUUGCAGUUUUGAAAGCUUUUGUCAAUCUCCAUGAAUUUUCAGAAAUGAUUUUGGUGCAGGCACUGAGACAAUUUUUGUGGAGUUUCCGACUACCAGGUGAAGCUCAAAAGAUUGACAGAAUGAUGGAAUGCUUUGCUGAAAGAUAUUGUGAACUUAAUCAAGGAGUCUUUACCAGUACAGCUUUUGAUGGUGCUAAAAUCAGUGACACGUGCUAUGUACUCUCCUUUGCCAUUAUUAUGCUGAAUACCAGUUUACACAACCCCAGCGUCAAAGACAAACCUACAGUGGAGCGAUUCAUCCAAAUGAACCGAGGAAUCAAUGAUGGAUAUGACUUACCAGCAGAACUUCUCACUAGUCUGUAUGAAAGUAUAAAAAAGGAACCAUUCAAGAUUCCAGAAGAUGAUGGCAAUGAUUUAAUGCACACUUUCUUCAAUCCAGUCAAAGAGGGUUGGUUAUGGAAACAAGGUGGACGUUACAAAAGUUGGAAGCGAAGAUGGUUUAUACUUAAUGAUAACUGCUUGUACUAUUUUGAAUAUACAACAGACAAGGAACCCAAGGGAAUUAUUCCCCUUGAGAAUAUCCGGGUACGUGAAGUGGGUGCUGAUAAAACCAACAAACCCAACUGCUUUGAGAUUCAUUCAGGAAAUCAUGAAAUCAUUAAAGCUUGUAAAUUAGAUUCUGAAGGAAAAGUUGUCGAAGGUAAACACACUGUUUAUAGAAUGUCAGCCUCAAAAGCAGAAGACAAAGAUGAGUGGAUACGUGCGAUCAAAGCCAGCAUCAGUGAACAUCCUUUCUAUGAAAUGUUGGCUCUCCGAAGAAAAAAUGCUGUGACCCAUCCUUCCAAGACCACAUAG